CAACGCUGAAUAAAUGCAUUGUGAGUUUCCUAUAAAAACUUGUACGUUUACUCUGUAACAGACAAUAUUUGCCUGGAAUUGAGAAAACAUCGAAGUUACAAAUGCUACCGCGAUUACGCGAACCAAUUUAGCUGAAAGUGAAACCCAUCCCUUUUGUAUCUCUCCAAGAAAAAAGAGAGGAAAAAAAUUCGGCUAUUGGGCUGAGUAUUCAGAUGAUACAGCUGUUGUGACAUGAUAAAUUGACCUGCAAAGUUCAUAUCUAUCUUGCUGAGGAGCUUGCAAAAAUGUCUAAUGGAGAUGUUAGAAAAGUCUCCCUACAGGAUAUACAGCUGGUUCAAAAUCUUAUCGAGAGGUGCCUUCAGCUUUACAUGAGCCAGAGGGAAGUCAUGAAUACCUUAUUGCACCAGGCAAAAAUCGAGCCUGGUUUCACAGAACUCGUGUGGCAAAAGCUUGAAGCCGAAAAUCAGGAUUUUUUCCGAGCAUAUCAUCUGAGACUAUUAGUGAAGGAGCAGAUAUUGCAAUUCAAUCAGUUGCUCGAGAGACAGGCUCAGCUUAUGCGCCAAAUAACUCAACCUGAAGUCUUUUCGGUUUCUCACUCAAAUGGGUCACAUAUUAACCCAAUGCACAACAACACGGCUUACCGGGCCCCACAACCUUCUGUUGUACCAUCAAUAAAGCCAGAAAAUUUGCAUCAGCAACAAGUCAUCAACUCCAUUCCUGAUGUCUACUCAAAUGGGUCACAACACCAAAUACAACAGCCCAUGCAUGUUGCGGUCAAUAUGAUAUCGGGCCAAGGCCCGAAUGCGGUGUUGAUGCAAGAAUCAGAUGUUGGGCCGGUAAAGGCAGAAUGUGGCUACACAAGUGAUUCACACUCACCUCUCGUGUUUGGAGCUGAGAAUAAUCUUUUAGAAUCUCAUAAACCGAUUAGGGAUGCCUCGAGCUCCUUUAAUGGUGGGGAGACGAGUUCUCGAGCAUUGAACGAGAUUUUCGAAACUGAGACAAAUUCGUUUGGGAUUUUGGGACAGAUGUCUCGAAACUUUAGUUUAUCAGACUUGACUGCUGGUUUUUCUAACGAUAUUCUGGAGAGCUAUCCUCGAUCUCCGUUUUUAGGAACGGAUGCAAACUUCAUGGACACUCAUAUUGUGGGAGAACAGCAAGGCAUGAGGAGGAUGAACUCCGUAUCAGGGGAGUUUAGUUAUGAAGAUUUUGCCAGUAAUUGAAGUAAAUCCUGAAAUGGGGCUGGUCGUUUGGUUCGGAUAGAGGUUAAUGUAAAUAACUUUCGAGAUCUUUUUUAUAAUUUAAGCUGAAGGAAGGAUACUUUUUGUCGAUGUUUACCGGGUAAUAGUGUAAUGGUGAUUUUAGUUUGCAGGAUUUAGUUAGAAAUACAACUGUACAAGCAAAAGACUUGUCCAUGUCUUAAUGAUUUCUUUUCCAUUAA